CCUGAGUGAGAGUGACCAACAUCUUAUGUCUCUAUCACAUUUAUUAGACUGUCAGAGGAGCACAUCACCAGCCAUACAAGUGAGAACGAUGCAGAGAACUGCCCUGCUAUUGCUCUGCUGCCUGGUACUGUCAGCGACAUCUUCUCCAGUAUAUCCGCUGAGGUUCGGUCAGAGAGCGGCUGCAAUAUUGAUGGCCUCCUCUAUUGAGGAUCCAAUGCAGUUGCCAGCAGACGCGUCAUCCCAAACACCAGACGCUGAGUUUAGGUUUGGAAGACACGCUGACGCCAUCUUUACCAACAGCUACCGAAAAGUUCUCGGUCAAAUAUCUGCCAGAAAAUUCCUUCAAACUGUUAUGGGCAAAAGGCUUGGCAGACCAGAAACUCAAAACUAUGUAAAACGCCAGUCUGGCAUAUAUGGAGACACCUUCAAACAAGAUGUGGAUAUGGAUGUCACUGAAAGGAAACAAAGUUACAGAGAACCACAAAGACUUAAGUUCUCAGUAAUUACGCAAUGAUUAACCAUUAAUAAAACAACUGUGAACCGUCUUUAUACUUGCAUUUGGCACAUUGCACACUGGAUUAUUAAAGUUCACUCUUCAUACUGUUUUCUGUGCACAUGUACUUUUACAGCCAGUGUUCAUAAGGUUUGCUGCAGCAGUUCUUUUCUAAAAGUACACAACUGUAUUUUACAUCCAACCAAGUGUACAAGGUUGUAUAGUGGUAUAACUGACCAUUCGCUAAGUAAUUUCUUAAAAUCCACCUUAAGAACUCUUGCCAAAUAUACUGAAAUGCCAACUUAUUCAAAACUGUAUCAUGUCUUGAUAAUGGCAUUAUUUCUAAGUUGACAAGUAUUGGUUAGUUUAUUUAAAUAGUUUUGGUUACUUCAUUUUUGACAUUUUUAGAAUGACGAGGUGUUCAAAUGUUUGACUGGUAGUGUAUAUCAGUAUUAUAUUAGCCACCCUGCUCUCUGAAAAAAUAAAAUGAACACGUGUUUUUAUUGUUUUAUUUAUUUAAAAAAAACCAUUGUGUUAGCCAUCUGUGUGGUGAUGACUGGAAGAAUGAUUCCACAUUUCUGUUCAUUUGAUGACAAAGAAAAGCUCUUGCUCUGAUGCUAUGAUAAAAAAGGGGGAAAAAAACUCCAACA